AUGCAACCAGGCACGCCGUUUGGCAACUUGAUGGCCGAAGCUGUCAAGUUAAAAGGAGCCCAGCAAGCCACGCUGCGACCUGUGUGGGACUCGUGGCCGCAGUACUUUCAGCACUCCAUGUUCUUGCAAGAGCCGAUCGUGAGUGCGCGACAAGAGCCAUUCGAGGCUCGCCUGCGCCUGGCAAACGAAAUCAAAGCCCAAGGCAACUCGCACUUUGGAAAAGGAGAGUUUGAAGAAGCCGUCGCGCAGUACGAAAAGGCCCUCGCGCUCUUCAAGUACUGCGAAAACACAGACCCGGACUGGAAAAAGAAGGGAAUUCGUGACGACGACAUCAUUGUCGUCGAUUACAAAGCUGACAAUGCCGGCGCACAAGCCGAGCUGGACACACUCAAAGUCACGUUGUACUUGAACAUCAGCGUGUGCAAACUAAAGGUAAAAGAAUUCGCGCUCGCCAUAUCAGCGUGUGGGGACGCCUUGGCGAUCGAUCCCACGAAUACCAAGGCAUUUUAUCGACGAGCGCAAGCGUUGAUCACGCCACUGUCGUCCGGCGCGGUCGAGUUCGAAAAGGCCUUGGCCGAUUUGGAAUUGGCGUGCCGCUACGACCCCGAGAACGUCGAAUGCAGGACGUUGUACCGACGACUGCGACAAGAGAAUGCCCAGCAGCGCAAACUGGACAAACAAACGUUUAGUGGCAUGUUCAACCGAGGCACGAUCGUUGACGACACCGAUGCCACCGACUUGACCGCCCCAGACAAGACGCUGGAGAAUCAAAAGCGUCUCCGGAAAGAAGUUGACGAUGCUGAAAUGGUCGCUCGCAUGUACGAACAAAGUGGGAAAGUCGAAGAGGCGAAAGAGUUGAGGCAAAAGAUUGACCAAGCCAAGGCAGCCAUCCGAGCGCGUCCUCCUCGCGUCGACUUUAUGAACCCCACGCCUGAAAUGAUCGAGGACGGCAAGAAGAAUGGGAUCGACUUGAACGACAAGCGUGUCCAGCAAAUGCUCUCGGACCUCCAGGACGAGCACCUGUCCAAAGGCACGGUGCCAAAACCAACCAUGUCGUCGUCCGCGGACGACAUCGUCAAGACUAUGACAAAGGAAGAAAUUUCGCAGCUCCUCCAGGCGGAAGGCGUCGACUUCCAUUCGAUCACGGACAAGCACCAGUUGAAUGAAAUGGUGCGACAUGUACUAGCCACCAAGCUCGUCGACAUGCCGCGACCGGGGACUGGCGACGGAACCAACGACGUAGCGGUCGACAAGGCAUUUUCCAAGAACCGGUCCAUGCGCCACAUCUUUGCUCUGGUCGGGCUCUGGGUCGUGUUUCGCAUGUACUCGAGUGGCGGGUUCACCAUGCUAUUCCGUGGCCUCCAUGCGAUCGUGGUCGGCGAUGCGACCGAUCCGUCGCGCCCACAGGCGACCGACACCUUUGACGACUUUGACGAGUUCUAA